AUGAUAUCUUUCGCACUUGUUUGGCAUUCCGACCAGAGGUUUCCUUUCAAGCAUGCUAUGGAGACGCUGGUGGCCGACCAGAGUGCCACGGUCGAGACCUCCCAGGCGGCGGGCGGAGACCAUUCCUCUGCCGUUGGUAGUGGCACCGUGGGCCAGGGAGAAAGUGGAGGACAGCCUCGUACCUCUUCGGCAGCCCAGGUCAGAGCGAACGGGACAGUGGUUCUGGCUUCCCCCGCCCAGGUCAAGCAUGUGGUUUCUUCUUCAUCACAGAACACUCAAGCCAUUGCGGUGCCACAGGCUGGGGGCGGCGUAUCUAUUGUCCACGUUGCAAUACCAAAUCAACCAGUUCAUGUACAGUCAGUUAUUCAACCUGGACCCAAUCAGCAAUCUGUGAUACAGGCACCAGGAGGUGCUACCCUCCAAUCUGUACAAUUGCCAAAAAAUGUCAUUUUACUAAAUAAACUAACCGGUUCUGGAUCUGUGAUACACAGCACUGAUGGUGAUGCCAGUGUUCAUCCUGUACAGUUAAUCACAACUGCCAAGGAUGAGGACGGCACAGUAACACUUGUGUCAUCAGAAGAUCCUAAAAAGCGAAGAGAAAUUCUCGCCCGUAGACCUUCUUAUCGCAAGAUUUUGAAUGAGCUUUCUGCAACAGAUGCACAUGGUGCUGCUCUUCAAGCUACCACUGCAGUGUUGAAGGAAGAAUCUCCAGAUCAUGGCAUGACAGACUCUAGUCAGGAACAAGACGGUAGUACUAGUACAAUCACUGUAGGAGGCACACAGUACACAACUACUGGUUUAUUAAAAGCCAUUCAACUGGCAACUGCUGCAACACAAGACAGCGGGAUACCAGGAUUACAAACUCUCACCAUGACCAAUUCGGGAGGUGGAGCUACUAGUGCUAUCGUACAGUAUACUCAAGGGCAAGAUGGACAGUUUUUUGUUCCAGUGACAGUAUCUGCCGCUGAUCUCCAGGCAUAUCAAAUUAGAACUGGGGCUUCAACGCCAACUGGAUUGUCUCAAAAUGUCGUAUCCAAUAUUCAGACUAUUCAAAACCCUCAGCAAAUAGCAGAGGAGGCUUCUCGCAAAAGAGAGCUGAGGCUUUUGAAAAACAGGGAAGCAGCAAAAGAAUGUCGAAGGAAGAAAAAAGAGUACAUCAAAUGCUUAGAAAAUAGAGUAGCUGUGCUGGAAAAUCAAAAUAAAGCUUUGAUUGAAGAACUGAAAUCUCUAAAAGAACUCUAUUGCCAAAAGAACGACUAACAGCUUAAUAGUUAAAACCAUGCUGAAUGCAAUCCUAUACAAUUAUUGAAGUCUGAUUUUUAACUACCGUGGCUGUUCUUUGGCCACAGCAAGACUCUUUGAAAUGUUCAGACAAAUGUUUAUUUACAGGUUUUGCUUUGUGCCAAACAUAAAAAUAACUAUUACGAAACGAAAAUAUAUUGCUCAUUUGCAAUUUAAGUAUAUCAGUUUGAUGCAUUUCAAGAUUGAAAUGCAGUAUUUUUUUUUGAAUUCAUGAUCAUUUGAAGUGUUAAAGCACUUGCUUUUUUAUUCAUAGCCUCGGAAAAAUAAUUUUAUCGGCUGAACAAGCAGUUAUCUAUUCACUAACUUCUAUUCGUUUACAGAGAAGAAAAGAAAAAUGUGCAACCCAUUUUUUUUUAAUUCUUAAAACUAAGCUUUUUCUCAAUGACUGACAAAUUUUAAGAAUUAACAUCUAUUUUAAUACUCUUGCAUUUUGCUUUUUGUUCCAGUGUUGGCAUUUUAUACCUACCGAAUUUC